AUGACUCGACGACUGGUCACAGUCAGACGAGUCUCACUGCUCACUCCAAUCCCCGACGCGGACCUGAUAGAGUCUGCCACCGUCGACGGAUGGACCUGCGUAGUAGCAAAAGGCGAGCACAAGGUCGGGGAAUUGUCUGUAUACUUUGAGAUUGACAGCUUUCUCCCCGCUUUGGACGAACGUUACUCCUUUCUGAAAGUCAAGGCCACCAAGCACGACGACUUUGAAGGCAUCCGCAUCAAGACCAUCAAGCUUCGCAAGGUCCUAUCCCAGGGUCUCCUCGUACCACUUACCAAGUUCCCUGAGAUCAACGCUAUUCUCCAAGACCUACAGAAGAAAUGUGGCAAAGAAGAUGCGGACAAGGAAUUGCAGAGCAUGAGCUUUGAAGACAUCCUCGGCGUUCGAAAGUGGGAGCCCCCCGUUUAUGAGCAGGGAAAGCCAGCUGGACUUGCUCCCUUCCCGGUCUUUGUAAACAGAACCGACCAGGAACGUGUGCAGAAUCUACCGAAUGUAUUCGAAGAAUGGGGUGAUGCGGUGUUUCAAGAAUCCACCAAGAUGGACGGAUCUUCCAUGACAGUCUACUUCAUCCGAAACGAUAGCACCCAUAUCAGCACCCUCCCUACAUUCGCGCAGCAAGAUCACGAGACUCUUCGACACCUGCCAAGCGGCACAGUGGGAGUCUGCUCGCGCAACCGCGACAUUGCGCCAGACCCAAGCAAUCACUUCUGGUCCGUUGCGCUGCGACAAAAUAUCCCAUCCAAGUUGAACGAGCUGAACCGCAACAUUGCCAUCCAGGGCGAACUCUGCGGUUCUUCCAUCCAAGCCAACUUUGAGGGAUUUCAGAAGGGGUUCCACGAUAUAUAUGUGUUUAGUGUAUGGGACAUUGACGCGCAGAAGUACCUGCUCCCACGGGAAGUACACGAAGAGUUGGUCCCGAAACUGGGACUCAAGCAUGUGCCUGUUACUGGGUAUUGGCUGCUGAAGGACAUUGCAACUGGUUUGAGGGAUAUUUUGGAACGGGCUGAGGGGAAAGGGAUUAAUGGACGUAAGAGGGAGGGGAUUGUGUUGAAGGAGGUUCGUGGGGAGUUUAGCUUCAAGGCGAUUUCUAAUUCUUAUUUACUUCGAUAUGGACAGUAG